GAGCAUUUCUAAAGCAUCUUCAAAAAUUGAGCGUUUUUUAAUCUUCAUUUUUCUAUCGUUCGCGCUCCCUUCGUCGAACAAGUUAAACAAAUUAUUCCUUUAGCCAAUUGGUCACUUCGAACCUUUCAAUUGAUCUUGGGACCUCGGAAGCUACUACUGCGUUACUGCGUCAUGCUGCGAUCGGUACGACCUACGGCCGCUGGCCAAGCUAGGAGUUGGUUUGGACCGAGGACUGCUCCGCGCCUACUUUCCACAUGCAAAGCCUCCGCCUCCGCAUCUUCUUCGUCAUGUGUUACUCCGAUAUCCUCAAUUCCUGCUAGAAGCAACAUACACAACAUAUCUACUAAACCGACAUAUUCCCUACGAUUUCAGAGAAACCUACAUGCGACAACGAUAAGAAUGGCUGCCAACACGAGAACAGAGAGCGAUGCCUUUGGCGAGAUCCAGGUCCCCUCUGACAAGUACUGGGGAGCUCAGACUGAGCGAUCACUUUCCAAUUUCCGUAUUAACCAGCCCCAAGAUCGAAUGCCUCCUCCGAUUGUGAGAGCAUUCGGUAUUUUAAAGGGUGCUGCGGCCACCGUCAACAUGCGAUAUGGACUUGAUGAGAAGAUCGGAAAGGCCAUUCAGCAAGCCGCCGCCGAGGUGGCCGACCUCAAGCUCAUCGACCACUUUCCCCUCGUCGUCUGGCAAACUGGCUCCGGUACACAGUCCAACAUGAACGCCAAUGAAGUCAUCUCAAACCGAGCUAUCGAGAUCCUAGGUGGUACAAAGGGCAGCAAGAAGCCGGUACACCCGAACGACCACGUGAACCGAUCCGCCUCUUCGAAUGAUACCUUCCCCACCGUCAUGCAUAUUGCUGCCGUUCUCGAGAUUGAGGGCGAGCUAUUACCGUCGCUAAAGAGCCUCCGGGAUGCGCUCCAAAAGAAGGUGGACGAAUUCGAGGCGAAGAAGAUCAUCAAGAUCGGCCGAACUCAUCUUCAGGACGCUACCCCUCUAACUUUGGCGCAGGAAUUCUCGGGAUACGUAGCUCAAUUAGACUUUAGUAUCAAGCGAGUAGAGAGUUCCUUGCCAGACCUGAGAUUGCUUGCUCAGGGUGGUACCGCUGUAGGCACAGGAAUCAACACUUUCGAGGGCUUCGCUGAGGCGAUCGCCGAGGAAGUCAGCAAGAUGACGGGAACCGAGUUUAAGACGGCCCCGAACAAGUUCGAAUCGCUCGCUGCACAUGACGCUCUUGUCCAAGCCUCCGGCUCCCUCAACACGCUGGCUGCAUCGCUUACCAAGCUUGGCCAGGAUAUUCGAUACCUAGGUAGCGGUCCUCGCUGCGGAUUAGGUGAACUUAUUCUCCCAGAAAACGAGCCGGGUUCCAGCAUUAUGCCUGGCAAGGUCAACCCCACACAAUGUGAAGCCUUGACCAUGAUUUGCGCCCAAGUGAUGGGUAACCACGUUGCUGCCACCAUCGGUGGCAUGAACGGCCAGUUUGAACUCAACGUCUACAAGCCCCUCAUCAUCCGAAACGUGUUGCACAGCGUGAGAAUCUUGUCGGAUGGCAUGCGCUCAUUUGAGAAGAACCUCGUCGAGGGUCUCCAAGCCAACGAAGAGAAGAUUUCUAGCAUCAUGAAGGAAUCGUAAGUUCAUCAAAACUCAAUACUCCAAGAAACAAUUAUUAAUCUUUGAAAUAUUUAGGCUCAUGCUGGUUACCUGCCUCAACCCCAAGAUCGGUUACGACAUGGCGUCCAAGGUUGCCAAGAACGCGCACAAGAAGGGUCUAAAUCUAAAAGACAGCGCCAUGGAACUCAAUGCCCUCACUUCAGACGAAUUCGACACGCUCGUCAAGCCAGAACUCAUGGUCGGGCCCAAGCCUUACAAGGGCUAGGUGCAUCAG